AUGAGAGACUUUCUCACUCACAAAAGGAAGAUUGAGUCAACCCAACAAGUCAACUUGAGUGAAGAAUGCUUGGUGGCACUCCUCAACAAACUCCCCCAAAAGAAGAUUGAUCCCGGAAGCUUUACCAUUCCUUGGUCCAUUCGAGGUUCACCAAUAAGCAACGCGCUUGCUGACCUAGGGGCUAGCACUAACCUAAUGCCCGCUUCCAUGUUCGACCGACUCGGAUUAGGAAAGCCACGUCCUACAAGGAUGAGCAUACAACUUGUGGAUAAGUCGGUAAAAUACCCUCAAGGUGUCAGGGAAAAUCUCUUGAUCAAGGUUGGGGAAUUCGUUUUCCCGGCCGACUUUGUAAUCAUAGAUAUAGAGGAAGACACCGAGAUCCGACUCAUAUUAGGAAGGCCAUUCCUUGCCACCGCACGGGCCAUGCGGGAUAUGAGUGAUGGAAGGUUAACAUUGAGGGUAGGUAACAAGGAAAUGAAGUUUGAAGUAGGACAACGCGUGGUGGAGGACCCGGUCAAGUACAUCAAAGCAUUAGACUUGAGCCUAGACUACGCCCUCAGCCAGUGCAAGUUGGGAUGCGAGUCAUCCCGACCGGGUAACAUUUGA